UAUCUACUUUGGUCAAUUAAAACAAGAACGGUAGUCAUCCCUCGGUAUUGUGUUGGCGAUCUAAGCGCUGGGUGGUGGUAUAACUAGCACGAAUGCCAUUGUAACGUCAAUCAAUUUUGCCUCUCACUCACACACAUUCUCUCCCAAUAUGACCACAGUCUCAAAUGAUCCCUCUUGGUGGCCGGUCAUCGAUGCAUAUCGUUUUUCUAGCUAUUUUAUAUUUGCUGCCUUUGUUGGCGUGGUGUAUGACUGGGUCCUUAUGUUUGGACAAGAGGUGGAAUUGGUCUGGAGGCAACGUUGGUCUCUGAUGACAUUUCUGUAUCUCGGCGUGCGCUACCUCGGAAUAUUAUUUGCUGCCCUGAUGAUGCUUAACAAUCUUCCGGCCAUCUCGUGGACAGAUACAGUGAGUCGGAUUCUGUACGUCGUACGAUAUUGCAUCAAUGUUUUGGUAUUUCCGAUGCUGUGGGUCAUCAUCAUCACUCGGUUGCAUGCCAUGUGUCAAGGAUCCAGAAAGAUCCUGAUAUUUCUCAUUGCCACCUUCCUGGUUGACAACAUUUUCAACGCAGUGGUCUUCAUAAUGACAAUAAUGCAUACUUCAGCAGAUGAAUAUAUUCUCUCCGGCACUUAUAUGUGCCAGAUCAACUAUCAGAAAGAUGUCUUACUUCUGGUUUCCAUUACUUGGAUACUCGGAACUGUGUGGGAGGUCCUCGCACUAUGUCUCGCAGUCUGGAUUGCUGUAAAACACUUCCGUGAACUGCGACGUCAUUCCGCAGGAGGGAUCAUCGGGGACUGUUUCUCAGUGUUGAUCAAAACUCACAUGGCAUACUUUGCGAGCUUUGUUGCUGUUUCUUGCUUCGAGCUCAUUCUUGAUUUAACUCCAGCAAUCUCAGUGGACAUAAAUUCCUUAGAAACUAGGGCUCUUUAUGGCUUGCUUCAGAUUUUGACAGUCGUGCAGAUGUUUGUGCUGGGACCACGCCUGAUCCUUGUCGUUCGAGAAUACUACGCUAAGGUCGUGGCCAACUCCGACGCAGCAUCUGCUAUGACCUCGAUCGCUUUCCAGGAGCGCGUGCAUGUAUCGACUAGCAGUAGCGUAUGACACACGAGAGGUCAAUAGUUGUCUGGUGCUCUGCAGGAAGCAGUGUUUUAUCUCCAUUCCAACCCUCCUCGCAUUACCUAUGUUAAUUAUUUGGUUUCAUACGAAGAUUCCGAUGAGACACUAGUGGGCCUGGGCAAUAUUUUUGUCGUAAUGUUUAUUCACUAGUAAUGUGCUAUAGGUGCUGACAUGGACCAUGUUUCAACCAACAUCCUGGAUAACCUUACUGUACUAGCAGUGUACUGAACAAGGUCGAGAGUGAGAGAUCCUCAU